ACUGCUCUGGCAAUAUCAAUUUUUCAAAGCACUCAAUUCCAGCUACCUCAACAUUUCCCACUGCUUUUUUCCCUAUUUAUAUCAGUAAUAUUCUCAUGAAUCUAAGGCAUUUCAGCUCAAUCCAUCUGCAGUUACUGUGCGAUUUUUGCUAGCUAGCAAGCUUUUCCAAUGGAAGCAUCGAACGGUUUGGGGGAUUUCGAGGAAACAUCUUAUAAUGAUAUCAAGUCUUUCUUUGACUCAUCGCCUCCUCUGAAGAAUGCUGCAGAAAUCAAAAGAAAAACUGAAGAGUUCAUUCAAUUGAAUUCGAAAACAGAACAUCCCAGGAGGAUAGUGUUGGUGACUUCUGGAGGGACAACUGUUCCUUUGGAGCAACGAUGUGUGCGUUACAUCGACAAUUUCAGCUCAGGCCAUCGGGGAUCAACUUCUGCAGAAUAUUUCUUGAAAGCUGGAUAUGCAGUAGUGUUUCUUUAUCGCGAAGGAACCUACCAGCCAUUUUGCACAUCACUUCCGAAUAAUCCUUUGCUCGAAUGUUUGCAAGUUACUGACGAAUCAAAUAUUAUAGCACGGCCACCAUAUGAGAAAACAGUCAAGGAUGCUAUAAGUAACAGUCAUGCGGCAACGAGCUCUGGAACCUUGUUGAAACUUCCCUUCACUACAAUCUUCGAGUAUCUUCAGAAUUUGCAGUUGAUUGCAUCAUUAAUGAGCAGCCUCGGUUCACGUGCUCUGUUCUAUCUCGCUGCAGCAGUGUCUGAUUUUUAUGUUCCUUGGGAGAGCAUGGCAGUGCAUAAGAUCCAGUCCAGCUCUGGUCCUCUGGACAUGCGACUCGCCCAGGUUCCGAAAAUGCUGCUGGUGCUUAGGAAAGACUGGGCUCCAAAAGCCUUUUGCAUAUCAUUCAAGCUAGAGACUGAUAAGGACAUUCUUCUGAAGAAAGCCGGUACGGCCCUUGAGAAAUACAACAUGGACAUGGUGGUAGCUAAUGAGCUCCUAACGCGUAAAGAGGAGGUCAUCGUCGUCACCAAGGGUGGAAACAUUAUCGUUCAACGAGACAGAACGCGGGCCGGUGCUGAAGUGGAGGAGCCGCUGAUCAAACUCAUCGUGGACCAGCAUUCUGCUUCUAUAAACUCGGCCGCAUAACUUCACACUGAGCUUUGAGAUACACACAGCUGACAAAUGCUAAUGAUCCAAUCCUUUUUCUUUUCAGCAAUGAGGCCUUCAGGUAUGAAGAGCCAUUUACCACUGAUUUCAUAUUUUGCUAACUUUUUUCCAUAGAAGAAGAAAGUAAUAUUAUGCUUUUUACACUUCAUUUUGGCUUCUCUGUGUUAUAUGUAUGAGAGUUAUUUCUGUUGUUGUGCGAUGAUAUUCGAAUGUGAUGUCAUCUUGUACACGUGUACACAGAAUUUGCGAUUUGCUAGCCUCUUUCCUAAUAAACGAAGAUUUAUUUGUGGAAAAGAUGAUUCAUUCAUAUC